AUGGUAUUUUAUGUUGGCCUAGAUCUUCAGACGUCCAUCUAUACAAGUGCAGUAACGUGUGGUAUGCAUCUGCUCGGUAUAUUUCGCAGGCUUGGCGCCCUCUCUCCGACAAACAAGGUCGCGUCCAUCCUUUGCUUCUUUCAAGAAUAUUGCAUCCAGCAACUUGACCUCUCUGAAAGCACCACCCUCGAGCUCAGCAAUGAUAUAUGCGAUAUGUGUGAGGGCUUGCUUGACGAGCUCCUAUUUCGACAAGGCAUGUUGCCUAACAAACUGGAAAUCUAUCUCCAAUUCCGCGGUAGGACAAUGGGAAUUCAUCCAUUUUUCACUCUGAUUCGCACACUGCACAAAUCAAUCGACGGACAAUAUCUCUCCGACCUCCGAGAUCUCCAGAAGCGGGUUAGUUUGGUCCUAGGGCUGCAGAACGACCUUGUUGGCCUGGAGAAAGAUCGCCAAAAUGGCGAGACCAUGAAUGCAGUCUUGGUAUCCCUAAAGGAACAAGCGGGGAUGGAUGUGGAUCACAUGAAUAUGAUAUUGCCAAGGACGAUUCAAGAGGUGUGUGGUAUCCACAAUCUUUGUCUCUCCGAUGCAGUGGAGAUGCAGGAAGGACUCCACGGUUCACUGAGUGGGGAUGCCCAUGACUCGAUUCUCGAGACUACCACUCUGGCCUUUGCCGACACUCAUCUGAAAUGGUGCGCAUCGUCAAAAAGAUACCAGGCGAAGGUAGAAUAG